GGUAGGCCCAAUUGGCCCAAGUAUACAUACCCGACCCAAUACCAAGAAUAGCUAAAAAUGGCGCCAAGAGUUGGUUAAACGGAGAAACAGAUGACGUCACCGAAAUGGCCGCUUAGCCUCCCGUUUCUGAAGCAACAAUUUACCUAAAAUAAAACCCUUAAAAUUGUCCCUUUUUUUUUUUUUUUUUUUUUUUUUUUUCGGUUUUCAAUACUUUUUUUCUGAGCCCUCUUAAAAAAAAUUACAGAAUUUUUUCUUUUAUCCAAAUUCGAAUUCAUUGAAUUUUCAAUAACUUACCUCACAAUCUUGAGGGGUAAGUAGCUGUAUCUUUUUAAAUCUAAUUAUUUUAUCUUAGGAUUAUCAUUAGCAAAAAGGAUACAGCUAGUUAUCAAGAUUUGGUUUGAUGAUUGGUGGGAUUCCAUAAAAUUUAGGUAAAAUUGAAUUUGAAUCAGGCAAAUUAUUGAUGGUUAAAAUGAAACAGGUUCAGAAAUAGAGCUGAAUGUAUACAUCAAUCAUAUAGUCGACCCCAACUGGUUUAUGAUUAUUGCUGCUGUGAUAGGAGAACUAUUACUCGAACUACAUUAAGUGCUGAAAAUUUCUAUUGAUUGGACAAGAGAAAAAACAAGAAAUGGAGAAUUGGAGUAAUGGUAAUAAUAAGCCUAUAAUGCAACAACCUGAGACUGAGCAUGAUGAUAGCAAACCUCUUAUGAAAGUGAAAACAUCCGGUUUAUCUCCUUCAUCAUCUUUAUCGUCUCCUUCUUCAUCCGAGUCAUCACUGGAACUAAGUAGUAGUCAAAAGGACAAUGAAGCAUCUUCAUCUUCUCCUGAUGUUCCUAAUCAAACACCACAAUGGAGCAUGAUAAGUGCAUCGCCACGUGGCGAGCCAGAGCCCCAUCCAUUUCCUGAUUUUCCUGAAUGGAAUGGAACCAACAACCCUAUGGCGAUGAAGUCUCCUCCAACACAUAACAUGGGUCAUCCUCCGGGUUAUGAUCCAAACCGUAUUCCAUCGUCUAUAUUUUCAAGUAAGCCUAAUAAUGGUAUGGAAUGGAGUACUGCUUCAAAUGAGUCAUUGUUUAGUAUUCAUAUGGGAAACAACAGUUUCUCUAGAGAUCAGUUCAACAUGAUGUACAGAUCUGGAGAACUUAUAAAGCCAGAAGAAUGGAGUAAUUCUCCAUAUAAUGCACCUGAAGUUAAAUCCAAUGAAAAGAAAAACCUCCCUCUGAACCUUCCCCCUGUUGUCGAAGUGGCAACAGAUAAAGAGGUAAAGAGUGAAACUACACUGGAGACUCCACGUAUGCAAGAAAAGAUUGUUGAAUCCCCCAAAAUAGUCCUAGCAGAAAAUCAUGAUCAUGAACAUAACAUCAAAGAGAAGAAGACAUCUAGUGUCGAUGAGAAGAAGACAUCUAAUGUCGAUGAGAAGAAGACAUCUAAUGUAGAUGAAGUUCAAUAUUCUGCGCCCUCAACGCCCAACAAGUCAGACGGUAAAGUUGUUUCCCCCACUCAUGAGGCAUUUCAUGCUACCUCGCCCCGCCUUUCCAAUGAGAGUGGAAACAGCAGCAGUUCCUUUGCUUUUCCAUUACUGCUUAACGAUGCUGGGAAAACUGGCUCACUCAAAGCUCCCUCUGCGAAAAUGGAGAGACCUCAACCUCAACCAGAAAUGCAGCCACAAUCACCUCAAAAGUCACAGCCACAAUCACCGGUACAAUCACAGCCACACUCGAAGCCAGAGUCAAAACAACCAGAGUCGCAGCCUAAACUGGCAGCGACCACUUGGUUUUCUUGUUUCUCUUGCUGGCCUCGAUGUUGUUAAUAUAGGCUUUAUCCUUGUCGUUUGUAUGUAUGCAAGAAAUACUAAUUCAUUUGGUCUUGAUCAAGGAGGACUCCUAGAAGUUAGAACUGUCUUCACGGUAAAUUGUAAAUUUUCUUUUGCCAUGUGAAAUACAUGUGAGGGCAUUCGGUGUUACAUAUAUUACACACGGGUGAAUAGCA